ACUGUUUGGGCACCUGAGAAAGGUCUUGGCAGGGAAUACAAAAAGAAAGCAGUAUCCGCAAAGGUCUCACGUAGCAACGUCUUAACUAUAGGUUCUACUUUCUCCCCCCGGGUUGAUCCAGAAGGCGGGAUAUCAUAUGAGCCCUUGGAGACACGCUACCAAUAUAAUCUGCUAGCAAGUGGAGCUCAUUGGGUUUUACUUACAGGUUAUCUUGUAAUUCCUGGCACGUUCACAUCUCUUCAAAAAUCAGACACCCUCCACAAUACAUUGUCAGAUAACGAAGCGGGAGAAAUUAUCCUCAAGAGCAUCCAAAAUCCCCCACUACUUGCGCUAGCGAGUGUUUUCUUUGUCGUGGGAUUGGCACUCCUGGGUCGGCUUUACUAUAAGUAUAGGAGCAACUAUAUAUAG